AUCAAGCCCAGCCGUAAUGCAAUAAAACUUAGGGCUCCCCAGCGAUUUGGCGACCAAACUGAUUUGGGGUGAUUAGCUGCGAUGAAGACAGUUCGCAGUAUCGCAUUCUUGUUAUUUGAAGGUUAGAAUCACCAGCGCCAACGACCGGAGUGCACUAUCAGGUAUUUAAUGGCGCAGUAAAUCCUUAAGUGAACGGGAGCUUGCCUCGAGGUUUUUUCGUUUAUUUCUAACCAUGGCGAACGUCCAGCAAGAUCUUCAACGUGGUCUUCCAGUACGCCGCUUGGAAGGUCAUACAGACUCUGUCUUAUGCUGUGCCGCCCAUCCGUCUUUUCCCAAUGUCGUCACUUCUUCUAGCGAGGAUGGGAGCGUGUGCGUUUUUGACAUUCGAACCACCACUUGUUGCCACAGGCUUCAGUAUUUUGAUGGCCAAGCAGUGGUUUCCGUUUUACCAACAUCUGGAAGUGAACAUGUCCUGUACGCUGCAGCGGGUUCUACUGUCUACUGCCUGGAUGUGCGUCAGGGCCCUACAGGGAGCCCUUUACAAACUUACUCAUUCAACACCGAGGAGAUCAACCAGGUGGCAUUGAAUCCUAAAGCGACGUAUCUUGCUGCAGCAGAUGACUCUGGAGCUGUGAAGAUCAUAGAUCUCCGUUCCCACAAGCUUUUCAAAACUCUACAAGGAGCUCAUUCAAAUAUUUGCAGCUCUGUGCAGUUUCAUUCUCGUAGGCCCUGGGAAGUUGUAACUGGAGGAUUAGAUUCGAAGAUAGUGAAGUGGGACUUUAAUCGUGGAAGGCCAUUGCAGGUCGUUGACCUUGCUGCGACAGCAGUCACCAGUAAUGAAGGAGUUGGGGGCUUUUGCAACCCUCCCUUCAUUCAUGCAUUGGCUUCGAUGGAAGGUGACGUCCCAGGUGAAGCUGGAAAAUUACUGGCAGCGGCUCGGGGGGAUGGAGCUGUUGAUGUUUUUGACUUUGGUUUUGAGAGCAGUGAUUCAAAGCAGUCCUCUCAGCCUGCUGUUUCAAAAAAGAAGGCACCAAACAAAGAUCUAAAAGUGACUGGUGACAUAACGAGUCCACCUCACUUGGAUGCUUUAGUACCUGGAAGAAAGCGACAUCUGCAUUUCGGCCUCGGUGGUCAUGCUAGCAUUGUAAAUCAUGUAACGUUUGCAAGGUUUGGUGCACGAGGCCAACUUUUAGUUUCCGGUGGGAAUGACUCAUUUAUUAAAGUUUGGAACUGGACUGUUGAGGAUAACCGACAUUCGGGUGAUGCUGGCACCAGCAGUCAAGGGCCUCUGGUACUGAAUUUGAAGCACAAGAAAAAGGUCAAUUGGUUGAGCACGACAUCUUCACAAACAGAGAAUCUAGUGGUUGCCGAUACUUCCAAAAUUCUUAGUGUUUAUUUUGUUUUGUAAGGAUGCAGCCUUCCUGAGGGCGAAAAGGUAUUGUAAUGGCACUGCCUCUACAAUUGGGAUGUAGGAGUGUAUAUAUGCAAACACAUGAAACUCAUUUGGCAAUUACAAUCAAUUGCCGCACUGAUGGGCACGAAAAGCAUCGUUACAUCUCUUCACUCUA